AACAUAACCUCAAAAAAUUUAAAUCUGUCACUUUAAUUUUAUAAAAAUUAUAUUUUAUUCAUAAUUCUACACAAAAUAACCUAACAAUUAAUUAAAAUAUGGAAGAAUCUUUAAGACACUUAACUGUAACCGAUUACGGUGAACCUCCACAAAAACAAAACGAGCAUUUACAAAGCCUUGGUAGCCCCCACACCACCAGUUUCAACUAUAUGGUCAACGCAGGUCUUGAUGAAGCAAUAAAAGAUAUUUCCGUUGAUUUUGAAUUACCAAAUAAAGAUAGAAUUAAUUUGAACGUACUCGAAGCGUCAAUUUCGCACCCAACAAUCGCCGUGGGGACAAUUGGAGCGCGAAAUCCUCACGUUUACCCAUCAGAAUGUCGGCAAAGAGGGGCUACAUACCGAGGAAAAUUUCAAAUGAGACUUGGGUGGUCAAUUAACGGUGAAAAACAAAUUCCGAUUGAUCAAGAUUUAGGCGAUAUCCCGAUUAUGUUGAAAUCGAAUCGGUGUCAUUUAGAGAAUAUGUCUCCUAAACAACUUGUUGGUGUUGGGGAGCAUGAAGAGGAAUGGGGGGGUUAUUUUAUUAUUAAGGGUUUAGAACGAUUAGUUAGAAUGUUGUUGAGUACGAGAAGUAAUUAUCCGAUCGCUGUGAGAAGACCAGGAUGGAAAGGAAAGGGAACUUUAUUUUCGGAUGUUGGCGUUUUUAUGAGAUGUGUUAAAUCAGAUCAAACAAGUGUUACUAAUAUUUUACAUUUCGUCACUGAUGGUUCUGCAAAAUUAAAAUUUUCAAUCCAACAAAAACCUUAUUACAUCCCAUUAAUGUUGAUUUUAAAAGCUUUGGUUAAUUACGCCGAUCAUUACAUUUACUCGAAACUAAUUGAAGGUUACGAAGAAGAUUUAUAUUACAUCGAAUGCAUACAAAACAUGUUACGAGGUCUCCAUCAAGAAGGUUAUCACAACCAAUCCGAUUGCAAGAAAUUUAUUGGAGGGUUAUUUCGCGUGGAAGUCCGAGAAUGCGCUCCUUGGUUCACCGAUGAAGAAGUCACCGAUUACAUUAUUAAAAGAAGUAUUUUAAUAAGUUUAGAAGAGCCAAAAGAUAAAUUUGAUACUUUAGUUUUUAUGACGAAAAAAUUAUUUACCUUUGCAAGAAGUAAAUGUAAAGUUGAAAACAAUGAUGCGGUUAUGAUGCAGGAAGUUUUACUUGGUGGUCAUUUAUACCUUCAAGUUUUAAAGGAAAGAAUUUUAAUUUGGUUAAGAAAUCUUCGAUAUAGAAUUUUAAAAAAAGCACGAGAGACCGUUAAUUUUAAUUUGGGACCUUCUGAGAUGAAUCAAAUUGCGAGGGUUAAUCAAGGAUCUUCAAUGUCGUUUGGGAAUAAUCUUGAAAUGUUUAUUUCAACCGGAAAUUUAGUAACUAAAGAAGUCGAAUUAAUGCAAUCGAAAGGUUUAACAAUUGUCCCUGAAAAUAUUAACCGAAUGAGGUAUAUGUCUCAUUUUCGCGCGGUUCAUCGCGGAUCUUUCUUCUUGGAGAUGCGCACAACGGAAGCUAGGCAAUUAUUACCGGAUGCUUGGGGUUUUAUUUGUCCUGUUCACACCCCCGACGGACCUCCAUGCGGGUUAUUAAAUCAUUUAACCAUGGAUGCUGUAAUUACGGAUUUUCCCGAUAUAAAUCUCGUUAAGAACAUUCCAAAAUGUUUAUUAGAAUACGGAAUGAUACCGUUACACGACACCGAAAUGAUCCAAACGAUCGACAUUUCCGAAUCAUAUUCAGUUCUUUUAGACGGAAAAUUUUUAGGUUAUGUUUCCCAAGCCCGGAUAGAUACUUUAGUUGAAAAUUUGCGAAUGUUAAAAAUUGAUGGUAAAAGAAUCCCUUUUACGACCGAAAUCGUUUUGGUACCCAUCAAAAAAGUGACGUCUCAAUACCCCGGAUUAUUUUUAUUUACGGGAGCCGCUCGGAUGAUGAGACCGCUAAGAAAUCUAAUCGCAAAUAAAAUUGAGUACGUAGGAACGUUCGAACAAGUUUAUUUGGAGGUUUGUAUCAAACCACAAGAAUAUUACAAAGGAGUCACGACGCAUAUGGAGCUUUCAAAAACUUCGUUUUUGUCGAAUUUGGCCCAAUUAAUUCCAAUGCCCGAUUGUAAUCAAUCUCCCAGGAAUAUGUAUCAGUGUCAAAUGGGGAAACAAACUAUGGGGACUCCGUGUCAUAAUUACGAUUUGCAAGCUGAAACGAAACUUUAUCGAUUACAAACGCCAACGGCUGCUUUAUUUAGGCCGUAUCAUUAUAAGAAAAUUGGGUUGGAUCAUUUUUCAAUGGGGACUAACGCUAUUGUUGCUGUUAUUAGUUACACGGGUUACGAUAUGGAAGAUGCAAUAGUAAUAAAUAAAUGUUCUGAAGAACGUGGUUUUGCCCAUGGCUCAAUUUACAAAUCGGAAUUUUGCGAGCUCGACGAUUCAAAUUCUUACUUUUGUAGAGACCCAUCAAAAGAAAAUUUAAUCGAUUAUAUCGACUCCGAUGGUUUACCAUACAUUGGAAGAAAAAUGUCCGAAGGGGAACCUUUAUAUUGUUAUUACAACACCGAUGAAUCGAAAUAUGUAAUCCAUAAAUUUAAAGGUCGCGAAGAAUGUUACGUGAACAGCGUUCGAUUAUGUGGUGAUUUUAACGUAAAAGCACCGAAAAUAGCUUGUAUAACUUAUCGAGUUCCUAGGAAUCCCUCUGUAGGGGAUAAAUUCGCAAGUAGGGCUGGCCAAAAAGGGAUUUGUUCUCAAAAAUGGCCCGCGGAAGAUUUACCGUUUACAGAAACGGGGAUUGUGCCCGAUAUUAUCUUCAACCCUCACGGAUUUCCAUCUCGUAUGACAAUCGCUAUGAUGAUUGAGAUCAUGGCUGGUAAAUCAGCCUCUAUUCACGGACUAAUCCACGAUGCGACUCCAUUUAGAUUCGGCGAAGACACAACAGCAAUUGAUUAUUUUGGGAAACUAUUACAAAUCGGUGGUUGUAAUUAUUAUGGAACAGAAACAAUGUAUUCCGGAAUUGAUGGGAGAUUGUUCGAAGCUCAAAUCUUUAUGGGAGUUGUUCAUUACCAACGACUAAGACACAUGGUCUCAGAUAAAUGGCAAGUUCGAUCAACGGGCCCAAUGGAUGUUUUAACAAGACAACCACUAAAAGGGCGAAAAAGAGGUGGAGGGGUUCGAUUUGGAGAAAUGGAACGUGACGCUUUAUUAAGUCACGGAGCGGCCGCUUUAAUUCAAGAUAGACUUUUAAAUUGUUCGGAUAGAAUGGUUGCUUAUGUUUGCACUUCUUGCCAUUCCUUAUUAGGACCUAUGACUAAGGUUACUCGAAUGGCAGAAAAAGCAAAUUUAAUGGAAACGAAGGAAAUUUGUAGGUUUUGUGAUUCCGGGAGGGAUAUUGACGCAAUACAAAUUCCUUAUAUUUAUAAGUUUUUUGUAACGCAAUUAGCAUCGUGUGGAAUUAAUGUUAAGAUUAAAUGUAAAUGAAUUUAUUAAAAAUAUAAUUGAAGUUUGUAAUGGAUUUAGGCAACCAAUUAUACACCUAUUAUUAAUAUUUGA